AUGAAGAUUCCGUGCGAGUUUACGUCCGACGUGAGUGUCAGUGCGAUCAGAGGUUUGGUGUUUCUCAGAGUCGAGCGAGGUUUAAAGGGAAAAGCACACUUGUCGAUGAUCUGUAACCCUAGCACCGGAGAAUCGUUGAUCUUGCCCAAAGUGAAGUCGAGGAGGAAGAUCGGAGUGACAAGCUAUUUCAUGUACGAUCCGGUUGAGAAGCAGUACAAGGUGCUGUCCAUGACCUGGCAUCCUAAAGGAAAUCGAUGGCAGGGGACAGAGGAGCAUCAAGUGUUGACACUAGGAGGAGGAGAAUCGUCUUGGAGAAAGAUCGAAUGUUCCAUACAUUAUAAACUGAUCACGGACCACCACGUUUGCAUCGACGGUGUUCUGUAUUAUCCAGCGAGGACGAUAAUGUUGGAAGACUACAUCAUCAUUCGCUUUGAUGUCCGGUCGGAGAAGUUCAGACGUAUUAAAGGGCCUGACCUGUUUGAUAGCGCGCCUCUGGUGAACUAUAACGGUAAGCUGGCUUUGCUUGGUGGAAGCCGUACGAGUAUUAGGCUGCGUGUUCUCGAAGAUGUUGGAAAGCAGAAAUGGUCUGAGCGUACGUACGUGUUGCCUGAGCUGUCGAAGAAUGUAGUUGGAGACGAGUCUUUGCACAUUGUUGGAAUUACUCGGACAAAUGAGAUCGUCUUGUGUUCGUCAUCACCUCAGUACCUUUUGUACUGCAAUGCGGAGAGGAAGACAGUCAUAAGAGUCGAUAUCCAAGGAAUGGAAGCGGUUAAGCGUUCUGAAAUCUUUACUUUUAUAGACCAUAUAGAGGAUGCAAGGCUCAUGAAAGUGUGUUUUAAAUCAUGA